GCGUGUGUUGUAUCGUUGUUGGUGACGGCGCGCGAAAUCGUCGCGGUGUGUCAAGUGCAGUGCCGUGUAGAGGUGCCGAAGUGGCGGGUUUCCUUGCCUCAGGACGGGGGGCCCAUGCCCCCUUCCACCAACACCACAUUGGUAAAAGACGGGGCGAGGCAGGCGGCGCUAUGGCUUGCGCCGGCUGCGAGAAGCCUAUCCUGGACAAAUUCCUUCUGCACGUGCUGGAACGCGCGUGGCACGCAGCAUGCGUGCGUUGCGCGGACUGUCGCGCGCCUCUUGCCGACAAGUGCUAUUCUAGGGACAACAAACUCUUCUGUAGGAACGAUUUCUUUAGGCGAUAUGGAACGAAAUGCAGCGGCUGCGGCCACGGGAUUUCGCCCUCUGACCUCGUGCGGAAAGCUCGGGAGAAGGUGUUUCACCUCAACUGCUUCACCUGCCUGGUGUGCAGGAAACAGCUCUCGACUGGAGAAGAAUUAUAUGUAUUGGAUGACAACAAAUUUAUAUGCAAAGAGGACUAUCUCGCGGGGAAGGCACCUACGACGCAGCAUUCGGACUCGCUACUAGGUUCAGGUUCAGAUGAGGAGGAAGAAGAUGAAUCGAGAGCAGCGAAUAAUUCGAGUAGUCCAGCGCACGCGCCGCAUCCGGCGCUACAUUCAGACCUCUCUCACAACGGCGACACCAAACCACACGAAGACUCGGAAGAUCAGGGCUCCUUAGACGGUGAUCCCGAAACAAGAGAUUCACAAGCGGAAAACAAAUCACCAGAUGACGGAAAUGGGGGCUCAAAAAGAAGAGGACCAAGGACCACAAUAAAAGCCAAGCAACUCGAGAUACUGAAGUCUGCAUUCUCACAGACUCCGAAACCUACGAGGCAUAUACGGGAACAAUUGGCGAAGGAGACGGGCUUACCUAUGAGGGUAAUACAGGUCUGGUUCCAAAACAAGCGAUCAAAAGAACGUCGUUUGAAGCAGCUCACAUCGAUGGGUAGGGGGCCCUUUUUCGGCUCUUCGCGGAAAAUGCGAGGUUUCCCCAUGAACCUGUCGCCCGGUGGUCUCGAAGAAGGGCCGCCGGGGUUUCCGUACUUCGCGACAGCAGAUGGCAAGUUCGAGUUUGGUUAUGGCCCGCCGUUCCACCAUGAUGCGCCUUUCUUUCACCCUCCCCCGACGAUGCCGUUUAAUCAGCCAGGCGGAAUGGAGACGCUGCCGGGAGGCGAGUUCCCUGAACAGUUCCCGCCCCCAGACCACCUCGUCCUCCCUCGGCCCUCGUCGCCCGAGUUCACCUUCGGCGACGCUCCACCACCUUUGCAUCCUGAGGGUCUGGUGUGGUAGCUGAAGCCAGAGCCGCGAGACUACCACGACUGAUGCGGCUCGACGGGCUACAAAGUGGACUUAUUAAACAGUGUUAUAUAAACUGUGAAGUUAAUAAGACGCAGUGUUAUUGUGAUUUUAGUUUUUCAAGUAAUUUAUGUUAUCUUUCUUACUAGCUUGAUCCGGCCACUUCGUACACGUUUAAAUUACUGUUUUGUUUGUAAAUGUAUUGAAAUUAAACAAACAUUAAAUUUUAAAUACGCUUCUCACAAAAUAAUUAUGAAAACAGUAACCAAAUGGGAAAAGCUGUUUUUGACAUAAGCGUGCAAAGGACAAUUAAACAAAAAUUCUAACUAAUUUGGGUUCAAUGACGUUGACAAAACCCCCCAAAAACAGUUUUUCUUGAAAAUCUUACAUACAGACAGCGAACGGUUACAAUUUUAUUAGUCACUUGAACAUUAGCUACUUUUACUACCGUACUUACGUAAGCGAAAGAAAAACGGCAAAUAUUUACUGUCUCAUUCUAUCUACUUAGUCACUUGUGCAGUAUUUUCAGGUAAAGCAAAUCGUUAAAAGCAUCUCCAAGGCUAUCUUACAAUUGUUUUUCCUCUAAUACGAUUCCAAUGGACUUCCUAAUGGGUUCUAAAAACGCAUCCUCAUUUCAUCGAUUUGCUAUCGGCAAGGUUAUGGCGGUGGAUCCAAUCGUUUGCGUAGGUAUUACAGUGAUGGGCUUUGGUUUAACUCAUUACCAACAAGUUAGUUCCAGUAUUUCUUACUUAAGAACAAUUGCUUUUUAAUUGUUGAAUUUUUCAAUGAUUUUUUUAAUGUAAUAAUUUUAUUUUUUUAAUUUUUAAUUUACUUUUCACUAACUAAAUAUGUUAGUACAUGUUUAUCCAUAAUUUUCUCUUCCUUAUUCAUCAUAUUAUUAUUACGUUGAAUUUUAUUUGGAAGAUCCGUACUACUAUUUUCCACUAUCACUCGUAUUUGCUCCCAAAGAACAUUUGUAGGAAAUCCGUAUACUAACGUUUUAAAACAACUGUAAUUCUAGUAAAUUUAUUAUUUCAGUAUAUAUUUGGAUUACCUACGUAUUAAUAUUACGUAUGUUUUUAACGAUUUGAUCUUUAAAUGAGAUGACCAGAGUUGACAAUAUUGUUGAUAUAACUUUAAAGUCGUAUUUUCUUAGCCAAUUCUCUCUUAUUUUCCAUUAACUAAUAUAUCAGACAUUUGACAGAUUAUAUAUAAAUAAAUUGUUGUUUUCAAAGAUACAGACGCACGCAGACGCAUUAUUUCAUUUUCUUAGAUAUUAUUUCAUAUAUGUAAAAAAUAUGAUUGUACUAUUCUUAGUAUUAGUCCAAUACUUUAUUUAUAUUAAUACGAAGGUAUAUAAUUAUUGUGAAUAUAUAGCGACACUGUGAAUACUUAGUGUAAGUGUACAGACAAAGUUUUAUAAUAAAUAAUUAUAAUUUAUUGAGUUAUUAAAAUUAUUUAUUUAAAGGCCUCUAUGGCGUUAUCUUGGUAAAGUUAUGGAAGGAUUUUGGUUCCUAUAUUAAUAUAGAUGGCAAUUCAACGCAUUUUGUUUUUUGUAUAUUAAUAAAUGUAUAUUACUAUGGAUUAAUUGUUUAAAAUAAGUACAAUCAAUUUAGACAAUUACUAAGAGACACUUGUGUAAAUAUUAUAAAAUGUAAAUACAAUAUAUGAAAACGUGAAAUUGUAUGAUAUUAUAUUAAAUAUUACAUUAAGUGUAACAACCGUAAAUAUCUCAACUUUUUUUUAAUUACUGAUCAUUUCAAGUUAUUUUUUUAAAUUAUAUAAAGUACUUACAUUGUGCUAUAAAAUUAUUAACAAAACCUUCAAGAGUUUCAUAUGAAGAUUUUGUUAAAAACUUUAGUAUAAUUUAAUAUACAUACUUAUAUAUUUUGUUUUGCAUAAGUCUCUACUAUUGUAGCUAUGAUUUGGAUGUGCUUAAUUAUCCAAUUAAAAUGAAUAAUAAGUAAUUGCAUUGUAAAUACUUACAUUUUAAAGGCGAAACAUUUUUGAAUGACGAAUGAAUUUUCAUACAACAAUAUACUUGCAAUAUUUAUUAUGUUCUUAGUCACGAAACACAUUAGAAAUACAUGUAAAAAAGUAACGGGUGUACUUACUAUGUAAAUAUAACAGUUAUGGAACUAUUAAUGACUGUCACGCGUAACAGUUAAAAAGAUAUUAUAUUACAAUAUAUACCUAUAUAUAUAUAUAUAUUAUUUAAAUGGAAUUAUGAAUAUAUAAUGUCAUAUACUGGCUGGUAUUGCAACGAUAAUGAAAAAAAAUAUGACAUUUUUUAUUCUAAUUUUAUUGCUGCCAGUAUUAAAAAUCUGUACAAAUACCAAGUAGGUAUACCUACAAUAGAAAUAUUAUAUACCUACAUAUACAUAAAGGAUAUUACUUUAUUUAUUACCAUAGUUGUAUCUGUUUUACUUCGUGACUCUGAACGUAAUAUUAUAUAUCUGUGAAUCAAGAUUAAUUAGUAUGUACAUUAGUGUAAGUGUUAAUAUCCGUACAUACUUGUCUAUCUGUAUUUAGGAUACAAAUAAAGUAUAAUGGAAUUGUCUGUAAGAA